AUGGCUUCUUUUAGAGCAUUGCUUGUCGUUAUAUCCGUGCUUACUUUUACCUUUCACUCAUUCGGACAAACCAUUGUAGUGAUUUCAGACAGUCCCGUCACGGGCACUGCGGCAGCGAAUCCUGCGACAACCAGUAUCUUCGGAGGUACCUUGAUCAUAUCCCAGGAUGACACCGAGGACACGACAUUCCUGACUCUGGAUGCAAACCUGAUCGCCAAAGUGGCAGAGGCAAAUAGCAACAUCACGGAAAUCCAAGAAGCUCUGGGCUACGGCUACGGCAACGCUCUGUCGAAGAAGUUCAUCACCCUUCCCGUGCUGGCAAUAACCGGCAUGAUCGCCUGUGUGGCAGUGUUGCUCGCAGAAAAUGAUCAUGUUAUCAGUUACACCAACGGUAUUUCGGAAGUCGAGCCCAUAAGACUGGGGCUUUCGACCUCCGACACCAAUGCCCUGGCAGCCGCCGGCCCUGACCCGGGCAUCCUAGUCGUUAGCCAAGUGGGCUCGGGUACGCUUAAAUGCCGGAAGCAGCAGUCGCUACUGCAAGUGGAGACGACUGCCCAGAUGAUAUUGCCUGCGACGACGCCGGCUGCAAUGUACGAGCUCCUUCCUUUUUCUGUCCAGAAGGGCGAAAAUACGCCAUGUGUGAAUGCAAAUGUAGAAGUCGCAGGCAACGUCAACGCUUUGGCAAUAGGAGCGUCGCUGUUCUCUGCAAUGAUGGCAAUGUCAAAUGCGCCGACGGCGACGCCCUCCGCAACAAAUAAUGCACCUAUCUGCACGUUCGUAAUCUCUUAUCGGCAAAAAGUGACGGAGACGAUUCUGAUCCACCGGACAGAUCCACGAGCUCAGUCUACGGUUGCGCGGACCCGUGUUGCAUCUGUCCUGAAGGUGCCGGCGUCUUCGCUCCUUUCCUUACCGCCAACGUUUCGGGAACCACGACGACAAAUUGCACAUAUACCGCGCAGCCGACAGAGGACAAUUGUCCGGCACCAGCGGCGACGUCAAGCCCUCAGAUUCCGACUUUUACAACUAGCACUGCAGCAGCCGCGUCGGCUACUGUUGGACCGGUGA